AUGCAAAUCCAAUCUUUAUUCGCCCUUCUACCUCUCUUAGCUGGUCUUGCUAGUCGGACCGGUGCUGUACCUAUUUACACGUUGAUCAAAAGGGAAGUUCCACAAGAAAAAUCCCAUGCGAGUAUCCUGCAAGCUGUCCAAACUGUUUUACAACAAGAUAAUCCUUUAGGUAUUGUUGAUCCCGUGUUUGGUCUCCUGGGUAAUGCAGCUGCAGCAGCCGGUGCAGGUCAAGUCACCAAUACCGAUUGUCUCCAACAAGCCACUGCCGACCAGGCAUUCACCAAUGCGAAGGCUGCGAAUGACGUCGCGGGCAUGACGGCCGCCUUGACUUAUAGAGCUUUGGAGAGAAAUACCGGUCAAGUGGGACUGGCAAGUGUUUUGUGUACCGAGACACCGGUCAAUCCUGAAAUCGCCGCUAUAUCACGACACCAAGAUCCCGCCUCAGCCGACGCAGCAGCCACCAACAAAGCUAUCACCCUUGCACUCGCCCAGCAAAUCGCCGCGGUUGGUGGGGAUCCCCUUGAGGCCUUGAAGAGCGGCACUUUCGCACCUGGAGAUACGAGCGAUCCGACUGGUAAAGGGAAUAGUUGUGAUGAUGAUGAUUGUAUCUUCACUCAAAACCUGCUUGUUGAGGAUGCCACUGAAGAAGAGAUCAACGCUGCUGUGGCUGGUGUCGCUUCUACUGGUACGGCUGGUACGGCUGAUACGGCCACCGCGACUGAUACCACGACUGCCGGUUGCCCAGCUGUUGUUGACGACUCGGCUACUGGAAAUACCACUUCUACAGAUACCACCGACACUGCUACUGGGACCGACGAUUCAACCGACACAGCAGAUUCAACUGCUACAACGACCAAUACUACUCCUGCAGCUGGGAUCGACGUUGGACAAUGUACAGACUUCUCUCUGACUUUCGCAGCUGGCUUGGAUGGUCGUAAAGCAGAUGAAUUCACUUUCCAACCUACCGAUUUGACCAAUUUCAAUCAUGGUUCCGCGCUCAACCCUUCAAUCAUCACUCAAUUCAUGUGUGAUACUUUUGUUAACGCUUGUGCUAAUUCAGCAACUACUAGAGAUGUCUGUAAAACCGUGGCUGCUGAUUUAGAUGCCCAACUUGCAUCUGGAGCUUUACAGAGAGAUCAGGGAUUCGCUGAUGCCUGGUUGACUGGGCUCGAAUCUGCCUUUGGAAUUCAAUCCACUGGUACGGGUACUGGAUCCGGUGCCGCUGCUGCCGACACUGCUGCUUCUGCCGAUGACGCCACUGUGACCAGCACCGCUGCUACAGCUGAUUCAGCCAGUACUGCUACUGCUACUGCUGCCACGGGCGAUGCCGAUACUUCCACUACUGCUACCGGUGACAACCUCCAAACUUUCUCUGAAGCAUUAAAUGGAGUAGCUGCCACUCCCGUUAUCAAUAUCGGUGGGACCAGACCAUUGCAAGUUAAAGCUGAUACGUUCGUCAAUGCCGGUGCGGCUUUCCAGAGAAGUUGCGAUCAGCAGUUCAAUGGAUGUGCCAACGCUGCUAAUUCCGGAUCGGGCGAUGCGAGUGUAGCGGAAUGCUCGGCUCAGAAAGAUCGAUGUAGUGCUGCCACACCUCAGGCCUAG